GAUUUGGUACAGCUAAUACAGCUUUGGUGUAUCACCAUGGGAAGCUUUUGGCACUUCAUGAGGGAGAUAAACCUUAUGCCAUCAAAGUUUUGGAAGAUGGAGAUCUGCAAACGAUUGGCAUGAUGGAUUACGACAAGAGACUAUCACAUUCUUUUACUGCUCAUCCUAAAGUUGACCCGUUCACAGCAAAUGCUUGGGAGGAAGGAGAUGAAGUUGUUCUGAUCACUUGCCGACUUCAUAACCUUGAUCUUGACAUGGUCAAUGGCGUUGUAAAAGAAAAGCUUGAGAAUUUCACAAAUGAACUGUACGAGAAGAGAUUCAACCUCAAAAAUGGUUUGGCUUCUCUGAAAAAGUUAUCUGAGUCGUCCGUUGAUUUUCCCAGGGUUAACGAAAGCUACACUGGAAGAGAUUGGAAAGGAAAAGAUUGAAGUUGGAGGAAAUGUUAGUGGUCUCUUUGAUCUUGGACCUGGCACUGCAUCCGAAGAAGACGAUGGCUACUUGAUUUUGUUUGUCCAUGAUGAAAACACCGGGUAUGCUCUCUUUCAUUUGAUAAUAGUAAUUUAUUUCUGUGAUAUUACUUGAUACGAUAUCAUGCUCAUCGAAACUCACUGACACCUGGUAAAACAUAAGUAUGAAAUAGAGUAUUAUACAUCGAGAUGUAGGUCAUCCUUCUGCUCCAUCGACUUCUUAUUUGCAGAAACUCUGUUUGAAAAUACAGCAAUAUGCCGGUGUCGCUUGGAGUUUGAAGUUACCAUACGGGCUACGGAUUACUCAGAUUAAAUCUCAUUGGGAUUAGAAUAGUUAUUUGAGUAUCUUAAUAUCGAUUACACGGGAGAACCUGACUAAAUCGUUGAUUAAUUAUAAUCUACAUGAAAUCAGCAG